GGGACUCCUUCUCACAGUUUCGGUUUGCCGAGGAGAAAGAGUGGGAUAGUGAAGCUUCAUGCCCCAAACAGAAUUCAGCAUUUUAUGUGGACUGUGAGUCACUGGUUCGAGCCCUUCAAGAAUUGCCUCUCUCACUCCGACUCAAUGUUGCUGCUGAAUUGGUUCAGACUGCCCUUCCCUUAGAGCUCCCUCAGGUGAAACCAAAGAGAAAUAAUAAUGCCAAGGCACUAGGGAUGCAGCUAAAGGGGCCCUCAGGCCCUGGAGGAAAGGGGUCCCCCUCUGAGAUGAAAUCCACCACCGCUGGCUUCCCCAUGUACCCGGGUAAAGACGGCCCAGGAUCGGGUCCUUCCAAGGGUUCUCAGAACCCCACUUCCCUGCUGCAGUUGGCAGCAGAUCAUUUGGAAGAAGAGCUAGAUCUGCUGCUUAAUUUAGAUGCGCCUGUGAAAGAGGGAGGUGGCAUCUUCUCAGACCAGACAGCUCAGGACCUGGAAUCCGAGAAAGGUGGGGAGGUGGUCCAAGAAGCAGCAGAACCUGCAAACCCAUCUGUGUUGGAAGAAAAGAACGUGGCCUCGGGCCAACCAAGUAUAUCCAGAAAUGUUACCGAGGAAGAGCUUGAAGACUGGUUGGACAGCAUGAUUUCCUAA